AAAAUUGCUAAUUAAUUACCUAUUUAUCUGAGUAUCUAUCUGAUUUGCAAUAAAGGUUAAAAGUAUUUAUUUAACAUCUUAGAAAAAUACGAAUAGAAUGAUUAAAAACAUACAGUGUGUUGUGUGUUCGCUAUAGUAUAGUCCGUGUUUCUUGUCUAAUACUCACCUUGUUGCAACUACAAGACUAUUGCAAACAUAAAUAACAACAACGAAUAAGAUUCAUAGAACCGAAAACAUGACGAUAAAAUCGCUGCAAGAACUCAAAGAUUUUAUUAAGUCUAAAGACAAUGUUAGAAAUUUUAUAAACUGUUCUGAUGUUCCUGAUAUUUGUAAAACUGAACCAUGCAUGCUCGGAGUUGAUGAAGCAGGACGUGGGCCUGUUUUAGGUCCAAUGGUGUAUGGUAUAGCUUACUGCCCGGUAGAUCAAACUAAAAUACUUCAUACCUUAGGAUGUGCUGAUUCAAAAGCAUUAACAGAAGAAAAACGAGAUGACAUAUUUACUAAAAUGCUAUCUGAGGAGGAGUCAUUGAAUAAUGUAGGAUGGGUUGCAGAAGUAAUUUCUCCAAAUUACAUAUCAAACUCAAUGUAUAGGAGAGCAAAACAUUCUCUGAAUGAGGUAUCAAUGAAUUCAGCAAUUGAAUUGAUAAAGAAGGCAGCAGAGAGUGGUGCAAAUAUUACCGAGGUCUAUGUGGACACUGUUGGUCCACCAGAAAAGUAUCAAGCAAAGUUAGCUGAAAUAUUUCCCAACUAUAAAAUAACUGUUGCAAAGAAGGCUGAUUCAAUAUAUCCCAUUGUAUCUGCGGCUAGUAUUGUGGCAAAGGUCACCAGAGAUCAUGCCUUAAAAGUGUGGCAGUUCCUUGAAGGGUUGGAAAUGUCACACACAGAAUUUGGUAGCGGUUAUCCUGGUGAUCCGCUCACAAAAAAGUUUAUUCGUGACCAAAUUGACAAUGUGUUUGGCUACCCAAUGUUGGUCAGGUUUAGCUGGUCAACAGCUGAACACAUGUUACAAGAAAGAGCUGCUACCUGUACAUUUGAAGAAGUGGAUGACCAGGGAGCUACCAAAAAGCCUAAAAAGUCAAUCAGUUCAUUUUUUGCUAAACCUGAUGAAGAGAAAGCAAGGAAACGUCACAAGUUCUUCGAAGAACGCCAUUUGACUGUUAGUAAUCCUUUUGAAUAAUUUUAUUUAAGCAUCUAAUUAUAAUAUAAGACCAUGAGAAUAAAAGUGUUGAACAUAA